AUGAGUAAACUUGCCAGGGAACCAGAUGGACCAAACGCAGUUUCACAGCAACCAACUUCGAGCCCGACCACAAAAGGGAAGAAGAAAACCAAGACAUCCUGUCGGCCCAAGUCCCCAAGCAGUAACAAGGUGAAGAAGGUACAGAGGAGAAUUAAAAGACUGCUUCACGGGAGCUCAAGGAAAAAAUCCUCGCAGCGCAGCAGCACAGCUGUCUCAAGCAAGGUGAAGCGACUCAAAAGGGCCAAGAAACUGCGGCCAUUGGCGAAGGCGUAA